UAAUUUGUGUUAAAAAUUGUUCUUUUUUGAUUAAAAAAUUGUUAAUGGCGAAUGUAAAAAAAAAUUUAAUCGGCAUAUAAUUGUGAAUGUUUCGAUGCGUGCGCAUCAUUAAGGUUAUGUCAGACUCGUGACGUGCGCACAGUAUUCGUACGCGUCUUUUAUCAUUUAAUUAUCACUUUAUUUCGUGUUGUUGGGCGUUAUAAUGAAUUUUAUUUUCUAAUCUAACGAAUCUUAAAAAAUCGUGUGAAUAAUCGAUUAGAAAAUUGGCAAACUUAUCAGGAUUUCUAUUUUUUUUUGCCAAUUAACGAAAAAAAUAUUUGCACGAGAGGAUCAUCCAUUAUCUCUAAACGAAUUUUGCUCAAUACAUUCUGACAAAUAAAUUGACUGCGAACUUGUAGAACGGAUGACAAGAUAAUUGUAUUUGAUUUGUAGUUAUCAUGUCUAUUCGUCGGAGAACUGAUUCCUUUGCAAUUCAACGUAUAUGGGAUGCCAUAAAAAUAACAGUACAUCAAAGAAGUUUACCUAGCAAUGAACGCAUGGUACGACACUUGGCACGUGUUUAUGGAAUUACCGAACAACAAGCUCAAGAAGAAUUGAACAAAGCUGUCGAAGAUAAACUUGUAAUUUUAAAAAGAGUACCAUCGAAGGCAGGAAUAGAACAAGAAAGUUACAGAUUACCAAUAGAACCACCAGAAAAAACUGAUCAUGAUUGGUAUUGUUAUAAAUGUCAAAAAGCUGGCUUGGUAGAAUCCUGUCAAAAAUGUUAUAGAGUAUAUCAUCCCAAUUGUCAUGUGCCUACAAAUACAAAAGUAAAAAUGUGCGAUUUUUGUGAGAAAUUAGAUACCGACACAUAUUCAGACAAAUCUGAUCUCAAUCAUAUACUUACUUUCACAUGUGGUCAUUUAAAAGCAAAGUUACCACUAGAAAUAACAAAUCGUACUAUAGUCUUUAAUAACGAUCUCAUUGUUGUACCAACAAGCAACUUUUCUGGACCUACUUGGAUAAGUGAAGGUGAAGAUGCAUGGCGUCCUGGUUUUCUUAUAAAAAAUCAUAUGGAUUUGGCUAUUAUGGAUUCUAAAAUAAAUAAGAAAGAGUACAACAAUUUAACAGAGUUUCAAGCAGAUGCACACAAUAUUCUUCAUAACAUUCUUUUAUAUCAUGGAGCUCACAGUAUAAUUGGAGAAAUGGGCAACACAAUGUAUCAAGAUUGCUGUUACGAUCUUCAAGAAAUUCGUCGGUGUGCAGACUGUUACCGAAUAUCAAAUGAGAAAUCGGAGAAAAUGUGGUUCUGUAUACCAUGCAACCCACCGCAUCAACUUGUUUAUGCUAAACAAAAAGGAUAUCCUUACUGGCCAGCUAAAGUUAUGCAAAUUAAUGGCAAUGUCUACGAUGUUCGAUUCUUUGGAGGGCAUCACAUGCGGGCUAACAUAGAGAAAGUUUUUAUUCGGCCAAUUAGUGUCAGCUUACAAUCUUUACAGCCUUCGGAAAAGGGCAAGUGGAAAGAAAUGAAGAUAAAGAGAUCGACAGCAUGGAACAGAGCUUUCGAAGAAUUGAAACAUCAUCAACACUUACUACAAAAGUCCGGGAAGGCUGUAGAAGAAAUAGAUACUGGCAGUGACUAUGAGGGACCCAAAGCUGCUAAAAUUGGACGCACAGAUACAGGAAGUUUGAAAGAAACUACUCUCAAAAGUAAUCCAACUAAACAGAUUAUAAAAGAUUUAAGAGUUAAAGUUGAACGUUUAAGUACUGAUGGUCAUGCAGACUUAAUGGCGUCUCGAGAGACUGCAGAAAAUAAAUCUCCGAAAAGUAAAGCUGGAAGUGAAGAAAGAACGGUACCACAUUUAGCAGUAGCGGAGGAUGAACCCACAAGAGAAAUAUCCAGUACGUGUCCACAAGGUUUAAAAAAGGAAGGAUCUCAAGAAGAUAUGGUAACAUCUAGUUCUCAAGAACCAAGAUCCAAAUGUGUUCUCGUGCAAACGGAACAAAUUCAAACAGAAGUGAUACCAGCGAAGAUUAAAAGGGAACGUAGAACAUCCGAACAACCUAUAACAACAGCAUUAGAAAAAUUACGAAGAGAAUUGGAACUUGAUAAAUGCAGAGAAAUGGAGAGACUUCAAGCAGAACAUGCUAAAGAGUUGAGACAACUAACUGAGAGACAUCAACAGAUUAUAUCCGAAAUUAAAAAGAAACAAUGGUGUUACAACUGUGAAGCAGAAGCAAUAUAUCAUUGCUGUUGGAACACAGCUUACUGCAGUACAGAUUGCCAACAAGUACAUUGGCAACGCGAACACAAAAGAGUUUGUCGGCGUAAACGUUAAUUAAUUAUAAGGUGCAAUAAAUCUUAUAAUAAUAUGAUUUUAUUAUAGAAUAAGAAACAUAAGAAACUGUAUGUUUCUUCUUUUCUUUUUGUAUUUUAUUUUUGAAUGGGAAAAAAAAGUAAAAUACAGUAAUGUAUAUAUUCGUAACACUAAUUCAUCGUUUCUUUCUAGAGAUUUCUUAGAUGAAAGUAUUUUUUAAGUAUAAAUUUAUAUUUUUCAAUCGUGCUAUAUAAUAUGUAACAAUUUAAUUUAUUCAAUGUUUUGUUUAGUUAUUAAUAAUCAAUUUAUAUAAUUGUUUUUUUUAUAUUACAAAACAUAUACGAUUACUAAUUUCAAAUUAAAAUCAUAUGACUAAUGAUCUUAUAGAAAUGUUAACGUAUAUCAAAGAAAGUGUUUUUAAUUAUAAAAUGAAUUUAUUAUUUAUACUUUCAUUUAAGUAUUUAAUCUAAUGGUCAAUCAAUUAUAUUAGAUUUACGAUUUUAUUUGUUUUGGAAUAUUUCUUAUAUUAUUAUGUUAACAAUUUUUAAAUCACACAAUAUUAAGUAAUUAAUAAGUAUAUUUAAUAAGUCACAAGGUUUGUGAAUAAAAAAAAGUAGUGAUACUUUAAUCAA